CCGGCUCCGGCUCCGGCUCCGGCUCCGGCUCCGGGUGCGCGCGCCGUCUUCCCACCCGCAGACCGACUUCCGCCCGGCCCCGCCCAGCACGAGGAGCGCGCGGCCUCCCGGAGCCCCCGGAGACUUGGACCGCUGAGCGGGAGGAGGCGGCGGGAGCGCGAGCUCCGACCAGCGUCUCGGCGGCGCCGCGGGAUUGAACAGGAAGAACCCUGAGUUCCGUCCUGCAGGGGGAGGUUGAGAAAGGAAGUCUGCGGCCUCCUGAGCUCUGUGACUCCAGAGGUUGAAUCCGGAGCAUCUUUCCUGUGAGAGGUUCCCAAGCUUUCAAAACUCGGGUACUAAUAAAGGAACUUUCAUCUGGGAAGUAGAAGUCGCUUCUGACCGAUUGCUUCUGAAUCUCUUUAGGAUUCACAGAUGGAUUCCAUGGAAAAGACAACAAACAGAAGUGAACAAAAAUCAAGUAGAAAGUUUUUAAAAAGCCUCAUCCGGAAACAGCCCCAGGAACUGCUCCUGGUCAUCGGGACGGGAGUCAGUGCCGCCGUGGCCCCAGGGAUCCCCGCCCUGUGCUCGUGGAGGAGCUGCAUCGAGGCUAUCAUCGAGGCCGCAGAGCAGCUCGAGGUGCUGCACCCCGGGGAUGUGGCCGAGUUCCGCAGGAAGGUGACCAAGGAUGGGGACCUGCUGGUUGUCGCCCAUGACCUGAUCCGGAAGAUGUCCCCUCGCACGGGCGACACCAAGCCCAACUUCUUCCAGGACUGCCUGCUGGAGGUUUUCGACAACCUGGAGCAGCACAUCCAGAGCCCGCUGGUGCUGCAGUCCAUCCUCAGCCUGAUGGAGAGGGGCACCAUGGUGCUGACCACCAACUACGACAACCUGCUGGAGAUCUUCGGGCAGCAGCACAACAAGCCCAUGGAGUCUUUGGACUUGAAGGACAAGACCAAGGUCCUUCAGUGGGCUAGAGGACACAUGAAGUACGGAGUUCUUCACAUUCACGGCUUAUACACAGACCCCUGCGGGAUGGUGUUGGACCCAUCGGGAUACAAAGACGUUACUCAAGACCCAGAAGUCAUGGAAGUUCUUCAGAACUUGUACUGCACCAAAUCUUUUCUGUUUGUGGGCUGCGGAGAGACCCUUCGUGAUCAGAUAUUCCAGGCCCUCUUCCUUUAUUCGGUGCCGAACAAGGUGGAUUUGGAGCACUACAUGGUUGUGCUCAAGGAGAACGAAGACCAUUUCUUUAAGCAUCAGGCAGACAUGCUUCUGCAUGGGAUCAAAGUCGUGUCCUACGGGGACUGUUUUGACUAUUUUCCGGGGUACGUGCAAGACCUUGCCACUCAGAUCUGCAAACAGCGAAGUCCAGAUGCCGAUCGAGUGGACAGCACCACGUUGUUCGGUAAUGCAUGCCAGGACUGUGCAAAGAGGAAGUUAGAAGAAAAUGAAAUUGAAGUUUCAAAGAAACUCAGACAAUCAGAUACUGCCGUGUCACCCUGGAGCCCCCUUCCUUGCUGUCCUGGAUUACCGCCAGGUCUGCCUUCUGCCCGCCGCACCCACUUCUGCCAGAACCUCCUCCGGUAGCUCCCCCGGCCCCCGCCCCCCGAGGACCGGCUCGUCACUGUUGGUUGGAGCAUGGGAUUCUUCAUUCAUGACUCCCCCUUGGAACUCCACUGUCUUAAGUGGCCAGGUUUCCUGUUGAAGAGGGUCUGCUGCAACCCAGAUCUCUGUGAUUUGUAGGUGACCUAUUCUUUCUUUUCUGGAAGCUUUUAGGAUCUUCUUCUUUCUUGAUGUUUAGAAACUUCCUGAGGAUGUGUAUAGGUGAGCAAGGUUUUUAUAUACCUUGCUCAGUUUUUUCUUCCCUCCAGUUCUGGAAUAAUCUGUCUCCUCUGUUCCCUCUUCCUUCAGUCACAUUAGUUGGGACCUCCUGGACUCAUUUCUACUGUGUUUUCUCUAAUGUCUUAAUUUUCUUCAAAAACUUUCUGGAGGAUUCUCAAAAUAUGUUCCACCCUUUUCUUUUUAAUUUUGGGUGUUAAAUUUUUAUUUUGGGUGUUAUUGUUCAUUUCUGAGAGCUCUUGUUUUCUGAUUUAGUUUUUCUCAUAGCAUCUGUUGUUUUAGGACUAUGGUAUCUUUUCAAAUCUCUAGAGAUACCAGAGACUUCCCUGGUUAUCUGACUACUCUAUUCCUGAAAACAUUAGAAUAGAGGAUUUUUCGAUAACAGAGUUUAUUUUUUAUUAGAUAAGAAAACCUCAGUAAAACACUCUUAAACGCCAAUAUAAUAAUCUACCAAGAAUUUCGGAGAGCUAUGAAGCAUUUAACAUACUACCAGUUACUUACAUAACAUUUAAAUUAGGUCCUCAGUGCAUAUGUUUGAGCAGUACUGUGAUACUGCAUUUUCCUUCUACACCACAAGGAACGUGUACUGUUGAAAUAGUUUGUUAUGGAUACAAAAAUUCAUAAUAAACGUUAAACAAAUAAGCAAACACGGCAGGUUUCUCAGUGGCUGCCUGCAGAGUGAGUUGGGCCCGGUGGGAGGAGGAGACAGGUGAGGUGCUGGCUCCUACUGGCUGGCGGUGGUGGUGGUGAGUGUGUGUCGGUGAGCCUUUUGAGGGGCCGGCUGAGUUCCAACUGCGGCUGACACUGCGCCCACCCCCCUUACAUUCUGUACAACUUCAGUGCACGUAUCUUUAGAGGAAGAAUUCCAUUUUGAUAGUAUUUUGGAUAAAAUUCUUUGAAGUCUUUUAGCAAAUAUUUGGAUUGUGAAUCCAGUAGUUAGGGACAUCUGUAACUAAACUAAAAAAAUAAAACUAGUGUAUGUAUGUAUGUAUGUAUGUAUGUAUUUAUUUAAUUUAUGGCUGUGUUCCGUCUUCGUUUCUGUGCGAGGGCUUUCUCCAGUUGCGGCAAGUGGGGGCCACUCUUCAUUGCAGUGCGCGGGCCUCUCACUAUCGUGGCCUCUCUUGUUGCGGAGCACAGGCUCCAGACGCGCAGGCUCAGUAAUUGUGGCUCAUGGGCCCGGCCGCUCCGUGGCAUGUGGGAUCUUCCGGGACCAGGGCUCGAACCCAUGUCCCCUGCAUUGGCAGGCGGAUUCUUAACCACUGCGCCACCAGGGAACCCCAAAACUAGUGUUCUUUGAGUUGUUCCCUCCGGGACAAGAGAUUCUCUUCCUCUAGUCUCCUUCCUGCUGUGUGUUUCCCCCAUGUCUGGGGCUCCUCAGUUGCCUGCCGGCAUUUUAGAAGGUGGGCCCGGGUGACUGUUCCGCAGUCGGCUGUGUGGAUUUGCCGGCGCCGCUGCUGCAUAUGCAUAGCUUUCCUGUCCCAGGCCGCCCUCUGAAUUGGUGGUGUGUGCAUAGGGCAGCAGAGCGGACUGCCUGGUGGACUUUGCUCCAGAGCAGUGGGCAAGCCAGUCUGUGGGCUCCUCGGGGAUCCCCUGGAUGCCAGCACCCACACCAGCAGCCUCCUCUCCAAGCAGGUCUGUCUGUGUAGAGAGCGCCCUCUGGUCUUUCUUACAGAAAGCUUUGUCCUGCUGUGCAUGUGGGUGAGACCAAGGUUCACCUUCUCAGUGCUGCUGGCCAUACCUGCAGGCGGGAGGGCUCAGAGCAGCACGGCAGGCUCCCACCUGCAGGCAGUCCCGUUGCGCACACACCCUGAGCCUUCACUCUUCUCUGCAAGUCAGCAGGCUCCCGCCCUGUGUGCUGAAAUUGCCCCUCACUGUUGACAGCCGCCCCCUCUUCCAGUCCACUGAGACGGGGAAAAGCACGCACAUUCAUGGGUCGAGAUUUCCAUGGAGCUUUGCAAAUCUAAUGUUAUCAUUUACUUUGGUCCCGUGGUGGUAUUUAUAACUCAGAAAGCCAUUUUUAGACAGUGGCCACUAUUUCCAUUCUGGAGGUAUUUUCAAAGUCUUUAGCACAUAAGAAAAACCAUAAUCAAUUUUUGAAAUAAAAAUCCCAUUGCAGAUACUUUUUUAAGAUCAACUUUAAUG